GUAUCGCUUCCAAGUUGGCAAACCUCCCAUCACUCAUUCUCUCCAUAAAAGCCCCCAUGAAUCUUUCUUCACACUUAUCUCUUCACAUUUUCCCUGCGCCCAAACAACAAAACAAGACCUAUAUACUAAUUAAUCAAACAGAAUGUUGGAUAUUUGGUCAUGGAUAGAUGAGCUCCCCAACUCGGACGAGUGGGACAAGUCUGACUCACCACCAGUCCUUGAACUCGCGAGUUCCGGACCUAGUCAGGAGAGCUCGACUCGGUCGAUCCAGCUCAUGGCCGAGCGCACCUCCUUGUCCGACACGGACGCGUCGGUGACAUUCACCGUAUGCUUACAGGGCUUUGACCUUAACAACGCCCAGGCGACUCUCUGGGUCUCUGACUCGUGCACUCUCUCCUCACGGACCUCACCCAAACCCUUCCUCCCGCUGCUACUCCAGCUCCUCCAAGAGAUCAUAUCCCGCUCACCCACGGCGCACAAUAGCACUUGCCCCAGGUCACAGCUCCAGAAGCUAAAACCCGACCCGGUUUCGUGGAUUAUGGACUCUCACUCGCUAGAGUCGCUAUCCAGGUUCUUCAACCUCGUCUUCCUCACUCGCCUGUUCUGGCUGUGUGCAUGCGACGCUCCCAGCGAAGUGGGCUCGUUCUACUUCCAUUCCUUGCUGGCUCCAAACAUCGAAGCCUUGUCGUGCAAGGACGUGCCGGUUCUGAGAACGUUUUUAGUCACGGUGGGUGUGGAUGCCGAGCUGUGCUUUAUGCGCGCCCUUGGGUACAUGUUAGCAAAAUGGUUGAUUUUGAACGAGAUGCGCGUGGGAUUACAAACGUUAACACCAGCUCAGAACUUCGGGUUCUCUUACGCUACGGAGGCUCAUGGGUUCUGGGUGUUGAAGGGUUACUCGCCGGUGCUGGGGAUGAGACUCACGCGCUCCAACUGCCAGAGUAUUCAUCUUCCUGCUAUUGAACUGAAGGACUCUGUGCUAAGAUACGCCCUGGCGCACCAGCAGUUAGAGGCCGUUAUUCAGUUUGAAUAUUCAGUUGGAUUCUACGACGGGUUUCUUCAGGUGAACGCACGUGUCGAUAACAUGAGACUCCACGUGGCGAAGUUGGGUUUCAACGAAAGCGAUGACGUGGACUUCGCCGACGAGAGGCACUUCCCGUCGAGGGUUCGGGUUUGGAUCGGGCCGGAAGUCGGGGCGACAUACGUGGCCGGAGUGAGCUUGGGUCGAUCCACGAACAAUGAGGAGAAAGAAGUGGAAGUGCAAAAGACAGUGAAGGGUAGUUUCAGAAAAUCGAAGGCUCCGAGGGUGAAAGCCGCGGCGAGGACUUCGACGAGGACGAAGACGAGGAAUUGGAGGUGGGAGCAGGACACGGAGGGAAACGCAGCAAUUUUCGAUGCUGUUUUUCACGACAACGUGACGGGCCUCGAAGUUGCCACGUGGAAGCCAGUUACUGGUGGUGGUAAACUGGGACACGGUUCUGAGAACCGGUAUAUCGGGUCGAGCAGACCGCUUACGAAAACCGGGGGGUUGGUUUUUGCCGGAGAUGAGUACGGAGAGGGAGUGGGUUGGAGGUUGAGCAAAGAGAUGGAAGGGAGCGUGUUGAAGUGGAGGAUAGGAGGGCAGGUUUGGGUGAGUUAUUUCCCUAACGAGGUGAAGAGUUCAUAUUUUGAGACAAGGUGUGUGGAGUGGUGUGAUGAGGUUGAUUUGCCUUUGAUUCCUGGUAAAUUGUGUGUGUAACUGUAACUAUAAGAAAGUCUAGCUAUAAUGUCAAUAAAUUUGAGGUUUUAUAUGUUUUAGUUUUAA